AUGGAGAAGUUCCUCCGCGGUUGGCGACAGGAUGCUCUGAACAGAGGUCAGAACGACUCUGCCAUCUAUAUCGGGGACAAGGUCCUAGCGUUGACAAACAGCGAUGCCGACGCCUUUUGGCUUGCGCAGGUUCAUUUCAACAAUAACAACUUCACUCGAGCCCUAGCUCUACUCUCCCGGAAAGACCUGGUAUCUCGAAGCACAUCAUGUAAAUAUCUCGCCGCCCAUUGUUACAUCAAACAAAACAAGUUCGAAGCUGCUCUCAACAUCCUCGGAGACCAGAAUCCAACCCACCUUAUCACAACGGCAGGUCAUAGUCGGCGAAAAAUACAACAUUUGAACGGUCAUAGCCAUGUAACGCUUAGGAAUGGGAAAACGGCUGCGUCAAGAUCGGACCGCGCGGACAGAAGUGAAGAACGGGAUCGAGAAGAUGCUAAUAAUAUACGUUUCGAGGCAGCAAUGUGCUAUCUACGUGGGCUCUGUUAUGCGAAACAAAAUGCAUUUGACCGUGCACGGGACUGUUAUAAAGACGCUGUUCGAAUAGACAUUCAAUGUUUUGAAGCCUUUGAUCAGCUCAUGAAAAACUCACUCAUGUCUCCCGCCGAAGAGCUUGAAUUUUUGGAAUCACUGGAUUUUGAUUCUGUGACUGUACCUUCGGAACCAUCAAAGUCACAAGAAGCCGCGCAUUUCGUGAAGAUGCUUUAUACGACGAGACUAUCCAAGUAUACUUCUCCUGCUACGCUUUCUGAUGCCACCGAGACCCUGUCGACACAUUACAACCUCGCCACCAACCCCGAUAUUCUCCUUUCCCGUGCUGAAGCACUAUAUACGCAAUGUCGAUUUCUGGAAGCUUUGGAGCUCACCUCUUCAAUCCUCACAUCCCCUGAAACGGCAGGAGCAAUGACCGAGUCAUCGGUGAUUCCAGGUCAGAACCUGGGACAUUCGCCCGCCGUGUACCCGUUGCACCUGGCUUGUCUUUAUGAGACUGGAGCCGUCAAUGCGUUAUUUUUAUUAUCGCAUACCUUGGCUGACAACGCUCCAGAGGAGCCAUACACAUACUUGGCUAUCGGUGUAUAUUAUCUCUCCGUGGCUAAAAUUGCCGAAGCACGACGUUUCUUCUCCAAAGCCUCACUUCUAGAUCCUCAUUCAGCACCAGCUUGGAUUGGGUUUGCACAUACCUUCGCCGCUGAGGGAGAGCAUGACCAGGCGAUUGCAGCGUACAGCACUGCAGCGCGAUUGUUUCAGGGUAGUCAUCUGCCACAAUUGUUCCUGGGAAUGCAGCAUUUAGCCCUAAACAAUAUGUCUCUUGCGCAUGAAUAUCUAUGCGCAGCAUACUCUAUGUCUUCCGGAUCGCCAUCGGGCUCCUUGACCACCAUCCCCAAAGGACCAUCUAGCGGACUGCCGGCACUCGGUGGCGAUCCCCUCGUGCUAAAUGAAUUAGGUGUUGUACUAUACCAUCAAGGCAACUUCAAGCCUGCAGCGGAACUAUUCCAUCAGGCGCUCGCAUUAGCAAACUCAUUGCAAUGCGACCCCGGAGCAUGGGUGGCUACUCGGGCGAAUCUAGGACAUGCCUAUAGACGUAUGGGGGAACUGAAUGACGCACUAGCUCAGUUCGAUGAGUGUAUAAGAGUUGGUGCAGGCGGCGGUGCGACCGGAUACAGUGCCGCAAUAGGAGGUACCUCGGCCACAUCGGCAGGAGUGGCCGGGUACGAAGAUCGUGGGUUGAUUGGGUCUCUUCAUACAUCCCGCGGUCUUGUUUACCUACAACUUGGUCGGACGCUGGAUGCUGUAACUGUCCUGCACGAGGCUGUAAGAGUUCUCGGAGUAAGCGGAGGCGACGCAGCAGGCGGCGCCGGCACUGCAGGUACCAUUCUCGCCCGGGCAUUGGAGCUAUGGUCUAUGGAAAACCGCAUAAAAGCCAUCAAAACAGCCAACAGUGGACGCCAAAGACGGGACGCGGCAUCUCGCUCACGCGACGACGCAUAUGGAUCAAACUUGACCGAAGAAAUCAUCCAUGCCGAAGACGAUGUCGAAACGGAACUGGACGCACAUGCAGAGGGCCUCCUGGGCACAGCCCUGAAUAAAGUCCGCCCGCGACGCGCAGGUAAAAAACCUCAGAGAUCAGCAGGGGAAAUGAAGCGCAACUUCCUAGUCGACGCAGUCCGACGAGACGAGUACAAUCUAGGCGUCCUGAUGGUUCUUGAUUGA